AUGUUUCGACUAUAUUAUUUGAUUUUUGUAAUAGCAAAUAUUGGUAUCGGAACAAAUGGAGUUUCACCAAAGAGUAAAGUGAGAUAUUUCCCUGAUGGAUUUAUAUUUGGUGCUUCUACGUCGUCGUAUCAGAUCGAGGGCGGCGCCUUUGAUGAUGGCAAGGGUCUUUCAAUAUGGGAUAUUGCUACCCACAUGGAUCCUUCCCCCAUUAGAGACCAGAGCACCGGUGAUAUCGCAACAGAUUCGUACAACCUCUACAAGCGUGACGUUGAAAUAAUGAAUGAAAUUGGUUUAGACUUCUAUAGAUUCUCCGUUUCGUGGCCUAGAGUGCUACCUGGUGGCUUUUCAAAUUAUAUCAAUCAAGCAGGAAUUAACUACUAUAAUAAUUUGAUUAAUGAAAUGUUAAAGAACAAUAUAGUACCGUUUUUGACGAUUUAUCAUUGGGACCUACCACAGGAGCUGCAAAAGUUAGGAGGGUGGGCGAAUCCCGCGAUAGUAGAUUGGUUCACGGAUUACGCUAAUGUUUUGUUUGAGCAUUUCGGAGAUAGAGUCAAAUAUUGGAUGACUAUAAAUGAACCAAAACAGAUUUGUUACGAAGGUUACGGUUCAGACAAAAAAGCACCAAUGGUGAAUAUCAGUGGUGUUGCGGAGUACUUGUGCGCUAAGAAUGUACUGCUGGCUCACGCAAGCGCAUAUCGCCUCUAUGAUGAGGUUUAUAGGGAACGGCAAAAUGGCACUGUGGGCAUCGCCAUUAGCUUUACCUGGGCUGAACCAGCUUCAGAUUCGGAGGAGGACCAACAAGCUGCGUUGGAUGCUAGACAAUUUGACUGGGGACAAUAUACAAAUCCAAUAUAUUCGAAAGACGGAGAUUUUCCUAUUGAAAUGAAGAGAAACAUUGCAGCAAAAAGUGCUGAGCAAGGAUUCAAACGAUCGCGUCUCCCAGAGCUUACAGCAGCUGAAGUAAUGACCAUACGAGGAUCAGCAGAUUUUCUUGCACUGAACACCUAUUCAAGCAAGUUAGUCUAUAGAGAUGCCUCUGUUGACGGAAUGUACGCAGUCCCAUCUUAUAUGGAUGACAUGGGCACUGUAUUUAUCAAGGACCCUACUUGGCCUCAAGCUGAAUCUUCUUGGUUACAGGAAGUUCCCUGGGGAUUUUACAAAUUACUAUUAGAAGUGAAUAGGCUUUACGAUAAUCCACGAAUCUACGUAACAGAAAAUGGUUGGUCAACAGCAGGAGGUCUGCAAGAUGAAGAUAGAAUUCGUUACUUGAGAAAUUAUCUCUCAGCUUUAUUGGAUGCUCUAGAGGCAGGUUGCGAUGUGCGUGGCUACUGCGUCUGGAGUAUGAUAGAUAACUUUGAGUGGAUGGCUGGCUAUAGUGAAAAAUUUGGACUAUAUGAGGUAGACUUUUCGAGCCCUGACCGAUCAAGAACUCCAAGGAAGUCAGCAUUUGUUUACAAAGAAAUCAUAAAAAGCAAAUCUUUAAAUCCGCACUUUGAACCAGACGUAUACUUAGAGGAAGUAGUCGCUAUUGAAGAUAAAGUAAAGGAUGAAGACGUCGCCUAUAAUGAAUAA